UGUUUGUUGUAAGCGGGCUGAGGCGCGAGCCGUACACUCGCAGCACGGACACGGACAGCUGCGCGCGCGCGAGCGAGCAAAACCACCGUCCCGGUUUUUAACACGGUAAAAAAGAAAAGUUUAGCGCGCGUCAAGUUCACAGGAUUUGAUUUGGUUUGAUUUGAGAGCGGCUGAAAGGGAUUUUCCUCCUGAAUAACACACAGGACACUGCUUGGAGCAAGUUUGGGGCAAGUUUAAAGCAACACAACGUUACUUUAAUCGGCAGCAGGGGAUUUACUGAAAAGCAUCGCGCAGGCUUCUGGAAGAACGAGUAACAAGAGAGAGAAGGAAGAAAGAGCUUAAGAGAAACAGACUUGUAUACCCUGGGCUGAUUGUCAGCAGCAACAUGAAGCCCUUCCUCCGUCUGCUGCUACCCCUGCUCCUCUAUCUGCAGUUGGCAUCCUGGGCAUUGGCCAGUGACUGUCCAAAAGACUGUUCUUGUUCAAGUCCAGACUCCAUUUUCUGUUAUACACGCCAGGCCACUACCAUGCCUUCUGACAUGCCUGCAUCAACGAAAAACCUGUAUGUCUUCAAGAAUGGCAUUGAGACCCUAGCCCAGGAAGAUUUUAUUGGGUUGGAAAGCCUAGAGAUGCUGGACCUAAGUCAGAACAAGCUGAAUGAACUGCCAGAUAGUGUGUUUGAGCCGCUGUCUUCCCUACGUAACCUGGAUCUUUCAUCUAACCAAAUCACCCAUAUUUCUCAGGAGAGUUUUGCUGGACUGGAGUUGCUGGAAAGGCUGUAUCUUCACAGUAACACCAUAAGGAGUAUACACCCUGCAGCCUUUGAUGGUCUGGAGCAGUUGCUUGAGUUAAAACUGUACAGAAAUGAGCUGACAAAAGUACCUGCUCUUAAAAUGCCCCAUCUGCUUCUACUGGAUCUGCGGUUCAAUAAAAUCCCUUCACCAGGGCCAGCUGACCUUCAGACACCCAAAUUAGAGUCACUUAAGUUGGGUGGAUUAGGGCUGAGCACCCUGAAUCAGGAACUCUUGGGUAGCUUCAAGAACCUUCAUGAGCUGGAUAUUUCAAACAAUAAACUAAAUCAUUUUCCUCCAGUGAUCUGGGAGGCAAGGGGCUUGGUCAGACUCAGUUUAGCUGGCAAUCCCAUGGGUCCUUUAAAGUGGGAACAUUUUGAGAAACUGACUGAGCUUCAGGAUUUGGACAUCAGCAACCUCAGCCUGCAGAGCUUGCCUGAUAACAUGACCCUGCUCUUCCCUCACUUGACAAAACUUACUGUUGCAGAGAAUCCCUUUAACUGCCUCUGCACACUGGCCUGGUUUCCCAGCUGGCUGCGUAAUAAACCGAUAUUGCUGGGAAGGACAGAGGAGACCCGCUGUCAUUUCCCACCCCGGAAUGCAGGAAAGGUGCUGGAAAGACUAGGACAUCAAGACUUUGGAUGCCCUGCAAGGACUACUAUCAGGCCAGCUAAGACCACCACGCUGGCCCCACCUCUGAUCACUACUGUGCACAGCACAAUGCGUGCAAUUCCCCCUCUUAAGCCCAGCGAUGAACCUUCUUCAGAGACAAACAGUCAUCCUUUACCUCCAGCCCCACCUUCCCCAAGCAGCAGUACAGACUCAGAUCUGAACAUGAGUUUUUGUCCAUCUAAUAUCUGCCUAAAUGGAGGCACAUGUUGGCUGGAUCAUCGGGGUCACUUUGAGUGCACUUGUCCUCAUGGGACUUCAGGGAAAUAUUGUGAGAAUAGUGAGGAUUUGGCUCUACCUGAAAAUGUCUCUACAGCAACAGUCAGUGUGAUGUCUGAAAUCUUUGCACAAACAGUAACAAGCUCAUCUAUACUGCUGUACCUUUAUCGCUACAUUGAGAGACGUCCAUAUAUCCGUGGAGUUAAACUAACUUAUAAAAACCUCUCAGGAUCAGAUAAGCGCCCAAAACAACUCAACAUUCCAGCCUCUUAUCCAGAGUACACACUGCGUGGACUGCUUCCUAAUUCCACAUAUUCCAUCUGUGCCAGUCCACUGGAUGAGCCCAGUGAUGUAGUCAGCGUAUGCACAGAGGCUCAGACAUUAAACCUGCAGCACACCAGUGCACAAGUAGAGGAUCCACGGCUUACAACAGUGCUUGUGCCAGCAUUGGCUAUUCUUCUCCUGUUAGUGCUGGUGGCUGUUGCUGUUGGUGUAGCUUGGUACAUACACAAAAAAAAGAGAGAACAAUUACACCUGUAUUGUGACCCUUCACAAUUGGAAUUGGAGGGUGUUAAAGUAGGUUUGGACAAUGGAGUCCUGCCCCAGAAGCAGCCAGACAUAAUGUCCUCUCAAUCAGUGGUACAGAAAGAUUACUUGGACUAUGAGAUGCCACUCAUACAAGACUGCUGUGUUGCAAACAAUAUGAACACUGUAAAGCCAUCCUGAGAUUGAUACUUGGGGCUAUUUUAAAGGGCAUGGAAAGCUUGAAUUCUAUGACCUUGUCUUCACAGUUUCAUCAAAAAAAAAAAAAAAAAAAGACAGAGACGGCGAGAAAUGCUGCCUUUUUAGGUGUCUUCAAUCAAAACCAAAAAACUGUAUUUUUUGCCAAAAAUGUAGCACAAAAAUGGUUGAACCAUUUUAGGCAAGAUUUUGCUGAGUGUGGAACUCAACAACAGUUGUACUUGAACAAUUGUACAAGUUGAACAAUGUCCAACAUGUGUGCUGGAAAAUGAAGAUGAGCACAUCUUUACUUGCUUAUAGACUGAUACUUGUGUUGCUUUUGAUUGCGAGACAUGAAGCCAACAGUUGCAUUUUUAUAUUUUGUGUAUUUUCAGAGUGUGUGUGUGUGUGUGUGUGU